AUGUUGCCAAUUCUGCUUAACGAAUGCGCUAUUUGUAACGAGACAUUGAAAAAUCCUAAACUAUUAUCGUGUAACCAUACAUAUUGUGAGCUUUGUAUAAAUACUUGGAUUUCUAAAUCAAAAAAGAAUUCUGGUAUAGAAUGUCCAUUAUGUCGACAAGUUACACCGCCCCCAAAACCUUGUGUAGGCGCAGCAUUUUGGGCAUCUAUGUUACCGGACUUAACAGCUGGAAAAGAAAUUGAUGUUCUGUGUAAACCUUGUGAGUCAAUACAAGAGCGAAAUGCGGCGAAGUUUUAUUGCCUGGAAUGCAAAGAAUACAUGUGUGUUUUCUGCCGUGUGUCUCAUACAAAAUUUAAAGUACUCAAAUCUCACAGGACGGUUGAACUUGACAGUCAUGACGAGAAUAGUAUUCAGUCGUUCAAAGAGUACAGUAAGCUCCUUAUGUGUGACUUACAUCCUGUGAAAGAGAUAGAAUUCUUCUGUGAAGACGACGAUGCUUUAUUUUGUUCAACCUGUGCAUUCCUUCAUCAUAGAUCAUGUUACAGUGUUAAGGAAAUAAAGGCAGAUUAUGCGGAAAUCAAGACAGUAAAACCACUUUCGGCUAUUUCUAAAAACCUAAAAACAAUUAGAAAAAAAGUAGAAGAGGUUUCUGCAUUUCAUAAUAAAAACAAUGAGUUACUUGUAAAGAAUGAGCGUGAAAUAACUGCAAAAUUAAAAGCAUCGGAACAAAAUAUUCUAAGAAGCUUAAAAAGUUUUCACGGCGAAGUCAUAACCAAACUGAAUGAAAAGAAUAGGCCUUACAAGACGACCAAUGAUGAAAAAAUAAAGAUUUGCUGUGAAAUUAUUGAGAAUCUGAAAAGGGCUGAAAACACAGCAAAAGAUACAAUGGGCGUGGCAUCAGGUAGUGCAGAAUACGUCAUCAUGUCAAGAAGGCUUGAAAAAAGGUACGAUGAAAUUCAAAAUCAAAUAGAGACACACGAGCUAAGUACAAAUACUUCCAACAAAUACAUGUUCGAAUUCAAUGAAGACUUUUUCAGAUCGCUCAACCAGAUUGAGACGUAUGGAUGCUACAAAGAAACAAAAUGUCCCCGUCUAAUCAUUGAAUUCUCAACAACGGUUAACAAAUCAAAUUUUGUUCCAACCAAAGCGAUGAAAAUAAGCUCAAAAUUAGCAAGACGAAAAACCUACUUUCCGUCUGCUUGUUACAUGUUUGAUGAUAAAGAAGAAAGGGUGGUUUUAGCAGACUAAAGGAAAAAGCGUCUGGUUAUUCUGUCAGGAACUGGAAACGAAGAUACUGUCAAACUAAACUUCGACCCAUACGCAAUCUUGAUCACUAAAAAGAGCCUGUAUGUUUCUUUUCCACAUGAGAAGAAAAUACGAAAAAUAUGCCAUAAAACGUUCUUUCGAGCAAGUUGGUGAAAUUCGAACUAAGCAUAAGUGUUAUGCUAUUGAUUUCCUGUUGAAAACAAGCGAAAGCAAGAUUGUUGUAUCCUUAUAUGACGAAAAAACCUGGAGUCUGGCUAUAUACAGAGAAGAUGGUUCCACUGAAGUUAGUUGCCUUAAAGGAGACGCUUCUCAGAACCCUUUCACGUCACUUUGGUAUUUCAAAAUCAUUGAAGGCUGUGUGUAUUGGUCAUGCC